GUAAUUCUGCAUCAUUAGUGUAUAAACUUUCUCUAAUGUCGGACAAAGCCAGCAACCCUGUGGGUGUCAGAGCAGAGCCAAAGCUUUUGAGAGACCCGUCAGCACUCGAGUCUAUUUCUUCUGCAAUUUACGGUCUUUCGUCAUAUGUGGCCCAUAAUCUACCCUCUUCAAUUGCCUCCCUCAGAAAAGUUGCUGGCGGCGCGUCUGGAGAACUAAACAACCACGCAUUUUUACAUCAAGACUACUUAACACCACAGUUUUCGGGCGAUAUAGAUGCCCAAUCGUCAACUGCGCCUGAUUUAGUUUUUGGGUCAAAGAAAGAUGUUAUUGUAUAUGCAGCUUUCGAUGAAAUUGAGGUUGUUGCGCUGGGCGCUCAAAAUAGUUCUGUAAA